CCUAUCUGAGUCAGGGCUCAAAGCCCGCUAUUGCUACGGCACUACUGCCUUAACGAUUUCGGCCAUCCAGAUAAGCAAUAUUAAGUAACAAAACCAACAAGACAAGUUUGAAAUCCUAUGUAAUCAUGAAUGUUCUAGAAAUAAAAUUGUAUCCCCAUUUUAAAUCACUUCUGAUAAUUAUCACAAUUUUUGUAAUUAUUCGGCCAUUUCAUUAACUUGUCAGGUGAAGAAAAAUAUUAAGUGAAGUGGCUAGUUUAAAAUGAUCAUAGAUGAUGUAUUGUUCUACAUGAAAAGUCUCAAAGAUAGAAUCCAAGAAUUUAUUAAGACAAACUUUGAACAUUCUAUAUAAUUAACAACAGGGUAAUAACACAACAAUGAUAGAAAAGUACAAAAAACUUUUCUAACAAAUGCUAUCAAAUUUAAUUUGCAAACAACUGUUUUAUAUCUUUACUUAUAUCAUCUUUGCUAUGUGUCUGAAUGUUUUCUAAGUGAAAUACAAGACUAUAAGGAAGACAAAAUUACAUGCCCUUUAGUUUUCAAUUAGAAAAUUACAAUAUUUUAGAGAUACAAAAUGAAUAUUAUCAAUUGUUUAGACUUGACUCCAUAGAAACCAGUAAUUGGUGUUUAUUUCAAAUCAUGUCCUAAUAUUUACUAUCAUGAACUGCAAUGCUUUACACAUUUUUUUACUUAUUCUACAAAUGGAAAUCCUUUUUGUUAGUCAACUUUUCUGAUGAAAUUUAAAAAUUUAAAGUUCCCAUACAUUUGUUUCACUCGAUUAUUGGCACAUAACUUUAAAACAAAGUUUAUAAUUCAGUUCCCAUAAACCUUCACAAACUAGUAAACAUGCUUAACAAGCUAAUAAUCUAAAUAUAGAAUAAUUAUCAUCAACAGAGAACAAAUUUAUAUUUAUAAACAAGUAAAUAUGUUAAUUAAAAAACUAAAAAAUAUGUAUUUUGAUAGAUUCUUAACACUUACUUAACCUUUGGAACUGACAUCAUAGACUUUCAAAAGAAUUAUUUCAGCAAGUAAAUAAACACUACUAUCAGUGGUGCAUAUUGAUACAAUUAUGGAAAGAAUAACAAACAAUUUUCUUCAAUUAUACUAUGCAUGACAAAUUAAUAAGUGUGAUUGUUUCAGAUCUGCUUUCCCCAGUUUUAAAUCCAUUAUGCUGCUUGUACAGAUCUCACAAUGUCAACACCAGUGAUAUUUUUCACCACUUCUGGUACUUUUGAAACAAUAUCAAGAACCUCUGAUGUGAGUUUAGAUGCACCAACAUCUCCAUUCCCUGAAGACACCAUAGUUAUCUUUUUGGCUUUUGAUAUUGGAGCAGAAACUUCAGCAGCUACCUUAGGUAUGGUGUUCAAAAGCAUGUCAAUCAUAGCAGCUUUUUCAUAUUCCUUCCAUGCAUCAGCUUUCUUUGCCAUUUGCUCUGCCUCUGCUUUUGCCUUUGCUUCAAUUGCAAAAGCUUCUGCUUCUCCCCUUAUCUUCACUGCUUCUGCUUCAGCCUCAGCUUCAAGAACAACACGCUUCUUGUGAGCCUCAGCUAGUGUUUCCAACUUGAAUUUUUCUGCUUCGGCAGGCUUACGUACAGUAGCCUCCAAUUCCCUUUCUUUGCGUUGAAUUUCCUGAUCCUGUACAGCUAUUUCCUGGCCUCUUUCAACAACUUUAAUUUGCAUCUGUUCCUCUUUAAUCCUCUGUCUCGUUUUUGCUGCCUGUAAUUCAUAUGCCAGUUCAGCUUCAGCACGUUUUGUGAAAAUUUCAGUAUCAUAUGCUGCUUUUUUCAAUUCAAAAUCUCGUUGAGCUUUGGCUAUUUCAGCAUCAUUCAAAAAUCUGGAUUCCAUUCGCUGCUGUUCUGCAUAAGCUUCUUUGAUUUUGGCAUCCCUCCUAGCCUCAGCUUCACCCAUUCUCGCAUCACGCUUCACUUCUGCUGUCCUAGCCAUGCCCAGACUCAUUAAAUAUCCUUGGUCAUCACUGACAUCUUUCAAAGUGUAGGAAAUAACUGUGAUCCCCAUAUUGACAAGAUCAGAUGAUGCAACUUCAAACACUUGUUUACUGAACUUUUUCCUAUCUUUAUAGAUUUCUUCCACUGUCAUGGUCCCCAUAAUCGCCCGCUGGUGGCCUUCUAAUGUGAGCAAAGCAAUUUGCCGAAUUUCAGCAUCUUUUUUUCCAAGAAAUUGUUCACAUGCUGUAGCGAGCAUUUCCUUAUUUUGCCCUUGAAUUUUAACUUGCGCAAUACCAGUUACAGAGAUCGGUACUCCUUCACAAGUGUACACCUUCGGGCUAUCCACUUGUAAUGUCAUUGUAUUCAAUGAAAUUUUCUGACAUUGUUGGACGCCGGGCCAUACGAAAGCUCUCCCUCCGGGUAUCAACAAAGGUUUACGAUAACCGCAUCCAGAAAUAACAAGAGCUUCAUUAGGUCCACAAGUUUCGAAAAAAACCAUGGUUAUUCUCUUUUGAAGUGUUUAGCGUUCAAGUAUUCUUUUUAGACACGGCAUCCGCUACUUAUUUAUCAGAUCACAAGACAGCCCUUCGCACUGAUCACACGUCUGCGGGAAACUGACUGUUGAACUGACGAAGUGGCUUCGUUUCCUCCAGUUCCGACUCUAUAUGUAACGGCUAAUUCUUGGGAACCUAGCCGCUCCCUAAACUCAGCUGCCAGAAGUAAUGCUUGUUGGAGGCAAGCGGCAAAAACAGGAAGUUUAUACAGUGCGUUGCGAACCAAUCCCGCGCGGAGCGAGACCAGGCACCAUGCGGGAGAGGAGGUGUUUGCAUGCAAGUGAAACCGUGCCCAAUGUGGCAACAUCGCAUUCGAAGCACGUGCUGCAUACCAACAUGAGGAUGAGUGACGUUGCAGAACCGUGUAAGCCAGCUGGCAUAUAGAAUACGCCAAUGGAAAACGCGGAAAGCUAAUUUUUUUUUUCUAUUAGUGUCGGAACGGAGUGAUACUGUCGGCCCCCAGGGCCCGACCGUCCAGUGUCUGCCGGCCUCAUAAUACAAUUCCCCAUGUUACACAUCGGUCGGUGUGGUCCGGUUCUCUUUGUAUGUAAACAUCAUUUCAGUCAGAAAAUGGCAAAUUUACUUCAUGAUCUCAAUGUCAACACCAAGAAAGCCACUUUAGCAAUGGGAUGUUUCUGGGGACCUGACUCCUUAUAUGGAGCCACCAAAGGUGUUGUAAGAACACGAGUUGGUUAUUCAGGUGGGGAAAAGCCAUGCCCCACUUACCGUUCUAUUGGUGACCACACGGAAUCUAUUGAUAUUGACUACAAUCCAGAUGAAAUUUCGUAUAGUGAGUUAUUGAAUUUGUUCUGGGCCAACCAUGAUCCCACACUUAAAACAAAACCUCAAUACACUUCCCUGAUAUUUUAUCAUGAUAAUGAACAAAAGCAAAUUGCAGAAGAAUCUCUGAAGGAACAAGAGCGCCUCAAGGAAGGAGUUGUCACAAGAAUCAUCCCCUUUAAGGAAUUUUACAAUGCUGAGGAUUAUCAUCAGAAAUAUAGGCUUCAGCAGUAUCCACAGUUAAUGGAGGCUAUAGGCAUCACAAAAGGCUCAACAUUGUUGAUUGAUUCUCAUCUUGCUGCUAGACUUAAUGGAUAUGUAGUUGGUUUUGGCGGUGUUAAUCAGUUUAAUGAAGAAGUUGGAAAAUUUGGUUUAGAUGAAAAGACAAUUGAAGAUAUCCGCGAUUUAGUAAUAAAAUAUGAAGGUGUGGGUAUGACAUGUUGAAAUAGCCACUAUUAGAAAUUGUUGAUUUGUUAAAUCACUAAUACAGAGAGGUUCCAAUGAUAAUGUAUUGUUUAUUUAAAAGAUCUUACUCUAACAAAAAAGCACUAGGUGAUUGGAAAAAUGAUCUUUUCAAUUUACUGAAAGUUCAAUAAUUUAUCAUAUACAACUAGUGAAAUUGUUUAAUGAGUGAUCAGGUAGAAACAUAACUUGGCUGGACAUUUGUACUAAUAAGUAAUAUUUUCAUUCUAUAAACAGGGCAGUGAAGAGAUUGUCAAAAAGCUGCCAUUUGAGCUUUUAAAGUUUACCCUAUCAUGUUGAUUCACCUAAGCAAUCUUGCUUCCCAUUCAGUAUUAUGGAUUUAUGUUUCUAACUUAUAAUGCAGAUAUGGCUGCAUGAUUGUAUUGUCCUCCUUUGAUUUGCAUGUGUUCCUGCAAUGAGCUGCAUUAUGAAACUGCUCGUAGCUUAUGAAUAUAUUUCAUUGAGCCCUUAUAAUAUAUUUUAACUAAUCUGCAUUUAGCAUUUUCUUGCAGUAGAUAUGUUUCUUAUGACUCCAGUUUAAUCAGUUUUACAGUUUAUGCAGUACGAUGCACAGUUGGGAGAACACAUUUUAGGUAGUAAAUAAAUAGAUUAAUAAAAGCAAGUAAUAUGUACGAUAGUGUCUGUAUGGAGGAAAAAUGCAGAGUGCAUCUUUUAUAGCAGUGCAGAAGGAUAUAGACAAAAUGUAACAUUCACCAAAGACAAGUUGUUUUCUUUUGCUCAAAAUAUUGCUUGGGAGUUAGUGUUGUUCAGUUGUAUCAUUAAAUACCAUUGAAAAACUAAAACUGUUGCCAUUAGUUAAUUGAUCUAGUAAGUAAUUAUUACAAAUGUUUUCUUAAGCAAAAUUAUAUUUGAAUGAUGUGGCUUAUAGGUUUUUAAUUUAUUAAGCUAUCAGUGUGGAAAUCAUUCUUUUUGUUGAUUAUUGAAAAUUGCCCCUAUAUUUACUGAAACUUCAAGAUUUCUUAAUUAGAUUUUGUCAUUUUUACUGUUUAUAUCAAUAUUAUUUAAAAUAUUAUUUUGUUUUGUUAUAUUAUUAUUUUGAAUUAUAUUGUUUAAUAAAAUUUGAUGGUUUUUAAUUUUUUAUAAAGUUGUUAAUGAAACUUUAGGCAUGAACUGUGAUUUGUCCCAAACUCUUAACUUGAGUUUUCUGCAACCUAACGUAGUCAUUGCUGUUACUUGAAUUCUAUUAAUUGCUUUUGUGAUUGUUGUAAGCAGAGAAAUUUAAUUUUUUACAAUUUUGAAAUAGCCUAUGAGAAGGGGCCGUAAUGUUGCAAGAAUUAAUGUUUGUGAAAUAUUGCAAAUAAAUUUAUUAAACAGAUCAAUAAAUAAAAUGCAGUGAAAAGCACUUAAAUAGUAAAAAUUCAUUUUUCAAAAUGUUUAGUCUUAAUAUAUGUUGUGUUGAUGGCUUGCACAGAGUAAUAAUGAUAAUGAUGAUAAUAAUAAUAAUAAU